AUGGAUAAAGUGAUUCGUUUUAAAAGCUUUUCAAGAUGUUUAUAUUUAACUUAUUGGAUAUCACCAAGCAAAGAGACUAGGAUGCUAGAUUGGGAAGAUUUGGCCGCGACGGUGAGCAGUUCAGCGAAAUAGACAAGCAU